UCAACAACUUUUUCUAUAAAAUUAGUUUCUUCAAACAACUACUGGAUAAGUUCCGCAUCGUAUUUACCGAUAUUUGCGAUUACAACGAGUUCCAGUGUUGUUAUUGAGUUGUUACAAAAAUAUCGCCAGCAGUAACUUCAAUCAUGCAGGCAACGGAGGGUUUAAAGAAUAUUUUUCUGAUUAUUCGAUGGAGGAAGACCAGCCUUUUCAUUCAAGUUCCGGAAAGGGCACCAGUUAACGAAGUCAAGCUAAUGAUCGAAGGUAUAACUAAAGUUAGACCUGACGAUCAGAAGUUAUUCAAUGAGGAGCUUGAGGAAAUCGAAAGUGGUGGUACCUUGGACCAGUUCAAUAUUACUAAGCUAAAUGCAAAAGCUGAAAAACCGUUUGAAUUGGGCAUGUCAACAAGGAACUGGAAUGGUGAAUUUGAUCCACUUGCAAUUAUUCCGUACUCCAAACCACAAAAGUUGUGUGAAAUAGUUAACCCAAAGAAUUUCAAUGACACUGGUGGACCAAGCACCUCCAAGCGUUAAUAAUAAAAUUCCUCGCGUAUAAAAU